AUUCGUCUUCUUCCUUUCACCUCUCAUUACUUACAGUACAGUUCCAAGUUUGUUUUUUUUUGGUUAUCCGAUGAUUUGCAAGAAUCUUUAAGCUGGAAUUAGGGGAUCGUUCUACAUUAGUUUCUUUCACAUUACAUAUCAAUUAUCCCGUGGGUUUUGCAAUUCGAUGAUAUGCAACCAAUGUGAUGCUGGAAACAUUGGGAUUCUUCAAUAUUACUUGCAUUUUAUCGUUAAAGAUCGUCGAUAUAAAAGCUUAUGGAGGUCGAAUUUGAAGGAGGUUAUGCAUUCGGGAAUCGCACAAGAGGGCGCAUGAAAAGUGAGCAUAUCCAUAACAAAUACUUACUAAUGAAAUACAAGAAUGAUCCUUCAAAUCCAAUAAUGAUAGAUAUCGAUGUAGAUGCAUCUGAUUCUAUCAGGAUUACCCCCAUACCAACCACUGCUAAAGCUGGAGUUCUGACUCAAAGGUCGAGAUCCAAACCUGUUUCAACUGUGAAACCAAUUCAAAAUGUAGUAUCAAUACAAGGUCUACAUUCCGGACAUAGUGAUUCUAUUGAAGUGCUUCAUGAAAAUCGUUCAAAGCAGAAAUGUGAUCCACAUUCCAACUCCCAUUCACCUGUGCAUGGUUAUACAAAAUCAGACCCACACCCAGUUAUCAGCCAAAAUAAAACGAAAUCACCUCCACUUGUAAUAGCCAAAGUUGUGCAACAUCAGGAGAAGAAAGCUAGAGUAGAUGUGGCCAACCCUCAAGCAAUUAAGACAAAAGUUAAAGUCAAGAAACUGGAUAAUAGAAAAUCAAAGAAGGGAGUUCAUGUGGGUAUUCCAGCACAACCAAGGCGAAUACGUAUUCGUACAUCACCAAAAAUGUUAUUCUCCACAAUGCACUGUCUGACGAAUGGACAGAAGGAAUAUUUAUCAUCCAUUGGAUUUGGUCAACUUUUAAAUAUAAAAGUAGAUGGGUCGGCCUCACGAAUUGGGUACUAUAUGGUCAACAACUUUGACCCUGAACGCAUGGUAUUGAAUGUCGAUCGGGGUGAGAUACCAAUCACUAGGCAAUUGAUAAAUGACAUGCUGGGUCUCCCUCUGGGAAAUAUCAAUAUCAAUUCACUAAAGUUCACACCCGCUGAAGACAAAACUGUUGAUUUAUGGUCUGCACAGUUCAAUUUAGAAAAUGAUAUUAGGCCCAAAGGCGUACAAAGGGCGAUUAAGAGAUUAAAAGAUGUUGGGUUAUUGUUUAAAGUCAAUUUUUUGGUUCUUAUUUGUAACACCCUUGGACAAGCCAAGAGCAUGGGCACAUGUGAUCUUAUAUACCUGGAGCAUGUUUCAUGUGAUGCGGUUACGAUCGAUCGUGGAAGACCUACUAUAUGUUUCUGGGAUGUGGAAACCAUGCGGUUACGUGAGGAGUAUGAAAUCAGAAAUGGUGGAAUUGGUUCUGGUGAACUUCAGGAUCCUUACAUACCACAUGAUGGCAAUGCUGAAAAUGUCAACUCGGCGAAUGGAUCAGUUAAGGAAUACCUUUCCACCAUUGAAAGUAUGUUCAAUAAGCUAGUUGAGGAUAAUAAUUUGUUGGACUCAAAACUUGUAAAAGCAAUCGAAAGACAUCCUCUUGUUUGUGAUUUCUACGAAUGGAAAGCCAAGAUCAGAAUCUUCCAUAAUGAAGCAUCCGCGAAAUAUGGAGGUGGCAGUUCUACUGAUGCAGGCAACAUUGAACCUUUAUCCCAAUGGUGGUCAGACAACUCAUAA